UACUUUUUGCGCACCAGGCUGGUAGGCUUCCAAACAUAUUCACAAUGGAGCUGAUCAUUCUCGUGGGGAUCGCCACAGCUCUUUUGGUAGUGAUCAUUACGCUGUACCUGCUGCAAAAGAAAAACGCCGCCCCAGAAACAAAGCCAGCUGCAGCCCUUCAACGUGGCGUCCCACAGCGCGUCCAGGAGGGUGUGCCGCGUCGGGCCCAAAUAGCUCGAAAUCAGCGCAACAGGCUGCGCCAGAAUGCUCCAGCGGCUCCCGCGGGUCAGGUUGCUCCGGCAGCUGGUCCUCCUGCGGCCCCCGGCGACUCUGACCACGAGAAUGAGGGUCAAGUCGAUGACGAUGAUGCCCGUGUGCCCCAGGGAGCGGUGCUGGAUGAGAAAAUGGGCGCCAAGAAGCGCGCCAAAAUGGAGGCCAAGGAACAAAAACGGCUGCAGCGGGAGCAGGAGCUGCACGACCGCGAACAGCGCAAGGUGAAGGAGGCAAAAGAGGAGGCGGAACGCAAGCAUCAGGAAGACCUUGAGGCUGAGGUUGAGCGCAAGCGGGUGGAGGCCGAGCGCCUGGCCAAGGAGGAGCGGGAGCGCAAGGAGCACGAGGAGUACCUGAAGAUGAAGGCCGCCUUCAGUGUGGAGGAAGAGGGCUUCGAGGAGGGCGACGCCGACGAGCAGGACAGCCUCCUGGCCGACUUCAUACAGUACAUCAGGGAUAACAAGGUAGUUGUUCUAGAGGAUCUGGCCGUGGCCUUUAAACUAAAGACGCAGCAGGUCAUUGACCGCAUCCAGGAGCUGCAGGCCGAUGGCACCCUCACAGGCGUGAUCGACGACCGCGGCAAGUUCAUCUACGUUUCCGAGGAGGAGCUCUCUGCCGUUGCCAAGUUUAUAAAACAACGCGGACGCGUCUCGAUCGCUGAGCUGGCCGAGAGCAGCAACAACCUGAUUAACCUGACUCCCAUCUCCGCCGGCGGCGAGGAAGCCAGCUCCUAAUGAGAUUUGUUAGCCAUUUAUAAAUUAAAUUUAUAUUUAGAUGCGAUGUUUUGGUAAAGUAACAUAAACAAAACAAUUCAAGAUUGCGUA